AUGCGGAUUAUAAGGGAGAAACAACAAGUAGGAGUGCAGUCAAUGCAUUAUGCGGAUUACAUGUUCUUAAUCAAGGUAUUAAAAAGAAAUAAAAAAUUAGAGAGUGUCUGCAAGAAGGUUGCAACUUGCAUCGCUAACAUACUCUGUGGCACCACGCCUGCGGAUGCAUGCAGGCUUUCGCUGGUUUCCAAGGUUUUCCGUUCGGCCGCUGAAUCCGACGUCGUUUGGGAACGUUUUCUCCCUUCCGACAUUUAUCAAUUUCCUCUGCUUCUCAACUAUGGUUAUGCUUAUGCUUAUGCUCCCAAGAAGGCCCUCUAUCUCGCUCUCGCAAAUCGCCCUAUCAUCAUCGAACAGGGUACAAAGAGCUUUCAACUGCACAAAAAAACUGGCAAUAAAUGUUACAUGCUUGCUGCCAGAUCUCUCGCCAUGGCUUGUGCCAAUACUCACUAUUAUUGGAUCUGGAUAACCGAUCCCGAUUCCAGGUUCCCGGAAGUUGCUGAUCUUAGAUUUGUGUGGUCGAUUGUAUUUCGUGGGGUGAUAAACACCCUUGUUUUGUCCCCAAAUACUCAAUAUGUUGCUAUUCUUGUUUUUAAGAUGAUCUAUCCUGAGAGUUUUUAUAAUUGUCCUAUGGAGUUAUCGGUUGGUAUCCUUGGUGGCCAUGGUAGUACCAAAUUUGUUUGUUUGGAUCCAAUCAUAAAAUUUCCAAACGACAGAGUUGUUGGAUUGCAACGUCCAAUAUUGAGAAGCGACGGGUGGUUGGAGAUUGAGAUGGGAGAGUUCUUCAAUACAGACUUAGAAGCUGAAGUGCAGAUGAGUGUCACAGAGGUUAUGGAUGAUGAUAAUGAUGAUGUUAAUGUGAAGUGUGGCCUCUUUAUCGAAGGAAUUGAAAUUAGGCCUAAGGAAUAAAAUUAAGCAAUCGUAAUUUCUUGUUCAAUUUAAGUCACAGAACUAUAUAUGCAUGGGUCUUGCGAAUUAGAUGGCAAAAUGCUGCUUCCCUAUUUUAUGUUUCAACUUUGAACUUUGUUAUGUCCCAAACUUUGAUUCUCCCCAUGUGAAGUAUUUGCAUAAGUUUUA